UCUUUGGCGAGUGGCCGAUGAUGGUUUUUUACCAGCAAUAUUUCCCACUACGCUCAGUUGUUUUUCGAUACGAGCGUUAUAAAGGUGUAACCACAAUUGCUUGGUUUUUACCUUUGCGGCGUAGAUUUUUUUGAACGAGCAAAUUAAUUUGAUUAAUUGACUAAUUCCAUUAAUUACCCCGUCGAAAAAAAUGGAAAUAUUCAGUUUGAUGCGAUAAUGAUAACCAACGCGGGUUGCAAAUAAAGUGUAUCUUGUCAGUGUUGGAAGUGUGGAUUUUAGACUUUUUUGUUUGAAAAUGCAACAGUCUGGUUAAGUUGUGUGCUUGAAAUAUGUCCGUAGCAACUCAGGUGUUAUAAUGGAUGGACAUUCAACACCCAAAUCAUAACCAUAACGGAAAAUUGAUACUGCGUAAAACAAGUGAUUUUUUGAAAAAAAAUUGCGUAGCAAUCCGAGCUCUUUUGUGAAAAAUUACCGAGGCAAAGAGUAGAAAAAGUGUGUUAGUUACCGUAUAGUUCAUUUUACGGUAUUAUAUCGCAUAUUUUAUUGUUGUUCGUGUCGAUUGCUGUUGCCAAAAUGAUGCCCAGGAAUUCUUCCCCGAUUAUCGAGAAGGAGAUUUUCUGUACUUACAAGAUCAAACUAGAAAGAGUAUUAGGAGUAACAGUGCCAAGUAAUGCAGCUUUAGCAAAUGAUAACAAUGGAAUUGUCGCCUAUCCGGCCGGAUGUACCGUUGUACUCUACAACACAAGAACUGAACAACAAAAUCACAUUAUUAAUACUUCACGAAAAACGAUAACUUCACUUGCCUAUUCCUCAUGUGGAAGGUAUAUAGUAACAGGAGAAUGUGGUCACCAACCUGCUGUAAGAGUAUGGGACUUACAAUCAGACCCUCAAUCAGUUCACUCGGGACUAAUUCCACAGCCUCAACAAGUGGCCGAAUUUUUGGGCCACAAAUACGGCGUAAAUUGUGUGGCGUUUUCCCCGACCAACAAGUAUGUUGUCAGCGUAGGCACCCAACAUGACAUGAUAGUCAACUUGUGGGAUUGGAAAAAUAAUAUCAAAGUCGCGAGUAAUAAAGUGAGCACCAAAGUAAAGGCGAUAGCUUUCUCAGAAAAUGGAAGUUACUUCGUAACUGUAGGAAAUAGACAUGUUAAGUUUUGGUUUUUGGAAACCGGUAAAAUUAAGUACAAAGAAGCAGUCCCAUUGAUGGGACGGUCUGCCAUUUUGGGUGAGCAAAGAAACAAUUAUUUCUGUGAUGUUGCGUGUGGCAAAGGAGAAUGUGGAGAUAGUACAUAUGCAAUCACUAGGUCCGGAUUGCUGUGUGAAUUUAAUAAUAGAAGACUUUUAGAUAAGUGGGUAGAAUUAAGGACAACCAGUGCCAAUUGUAUAGCGGUAGGACAAAAACAUAUUUUUGUAGGAUGCGCGGAAGGAAUUAUAAGAUGUUUCGAUCCAACCACUCUCAGGUUUCUCACGACUUUACCUAGAUGCCACUAUUUAGGAGUAGAUGUAGCUCUUGGAACUAAUAUUCAAUGUAUGGCUUCACCCCCACCUGAUGCCAAAUAUCCAGAUACUACAGCAGUAACAUUUGACGAAACUAACAACAAACUUACAGCCGUCUACAACGACCAUUCCAUUUAUAUAUGGAAUGUAUUUAACAUAAAACGGGUGGGUAAAUCCGGUUCAUUUCUCUAUCACUCAGCGUGCAUUUGGGGUGUGGAAAUGGCUCCAUGUAACAGUCCUUUGCCACCGGGAAGUUUUCUUACAUGCAGUUCAGAUGACACGGUUAGAGUAUGGACCCUCAACAAAAUGACCGACAAAAACAGCAAAGGAAUGUAUCAGCAGAAUGUUUAUAGUAACGAGCUAUUAAAAGUAGUUUAUGUAGACAAAGAUCUAUCUUACAUAAAGGACCUUGACAUAUCGGGCACAAUUACGAACGAAAAACCACAGCCAGAUCAAACAUCAUACGAUGGCAAAAAUGGGGUCAGAUGCAUACGAAUUAGUCCAGAUGGGAAACAUUUAGCAAGUGGUGAUAGAUCUGGAAACAUAAGAAUCCAUGACACAGCUCAAAUGAAGGAACAGUUCAAAAUUGAGGCCCAUGACAGCGAAGUAUUAUGUUUGGAAUAUUCAACUAACGACUCGGCUUAUAAUAUGUUAGCCAGUGCCAGCAGAGAUAGAUUGAUUCAUGUCUUUGAUACUAAAAAUGAGUAUGAUUUCGUUCAAACGCUAGAUGACCAUUCGUCCAGCAUAACGGCUGUUCGUUUCUUAAACCAUUCAAACAGCAUUCAGAUGGUGUCAUGUGGAGCGGACAAGAGCCUAAUAUUUAGGUCGUUAGACGAGGUAAAUGGAAAAGUUCAAUUUAUUCGAGAUCAUAAUGCUACUGGCAAAACGACUCUGUAUGAUAUGGAGGUGGAUACAGGACAAAAGCACGUUUUAACAGCUUGUCAAGACAGAAAUGUUCGUAUUUACAGUGUGAAUACCGCACGACAUACAAAAACAUUCAAAGGCAGUACCGGUGACGAUGGCUCGCUUAUAAAGGUUGUUUUAGAUAGGUCGGGAAUCUAUCUCGCUACCUCCUGUACAGACAAAAGCCUUUCGGUUUACGAUUAUUACUCAGGAGAAUGUAUGGCUACCAUGUGCGGUCAUAGUGAAUUGGCGACAGGACUAAGAUUUACUAAUGACUGCAGGCGAUUGAUCAGUGCGAGUGGAGAUGGAUGUAUAUUCGUCUGGAGAGUUCCUCAAGAUAUGGUUAUAACAAUGCAAACCAGGCUCAGUCAACAAGCGAUGCGCCAAGGGAAGUCUUUGGAAACGGAGUUAUUCAAUGAAAGUUCUGCAUUCGACCUAUAUGAAGAAGAUCGAAACUACAGGUUUAGCAUAGGCCAAUUGCCCCAGUGGGCUAAAAAACAGCUUACCGAAGAUUCUAGUCAGCCUGCCGCUCUAAACAGGGGAAUGAUGGCGCCGAAAGGACGAUGGGCUCAAAGGGCAGAAAAUAUCUUAGGUGUACAAUCAUUUUACAGCAGUCAACCAUUACCCUUUCCCUUAAUGGAUAAACGGUUUGAUUCAGAUGGUUCGAAGGAAAGCUCAUUGGACAGUGGUACUGAAGAGAAACCUUAUCAGGACGCCAGGAAAGAACGAAUGACAAUACCUUCAGAAAUACCAGCAAAUAUUACCAUUAGAGAGAAGAGUAGGAGAGGGGUAAUGACUGAUGAUAGCGCGAUUGGUGAUGCUGAAUCGACUGCCCACGAUGGAGAUCUCGACAGCGAUAGCGAAUAUAGGCAUAGGCCGUUGUAUUAUCCGUCCUUGGCUGACUCGGCUAGUGGGAAUGAAUUCACUGUCACAAAUAUCGAUGCGGAUGAACUGAGAAAAUCACAGAGGAAGAAGAAGCCUCCUGUUAUACUCAUCGCACAAGAUUCUCCUGGACUUUAUGAUUCGGACGACGACGAUGAUGAUGCUUCGACCCCAAGUGGUGAAAAUGAUAGGAACCCCAUGUCUCUGUUAUCCGUAAGCUCUGAGUCAUUAGACCAGUUGGUAAGCAGGGAAAGGUAUCUGCAGUCCACUUUUGAAAGCAUGUCUGGCGUCGAAACAGAACAUCAAACACCAAGUAAUAAGUCAUCGUUUUCUUCUAAAUUUAUCACAAACAGCAGUAGUAGGAAUCUUGAGGCAAUUAAAGCAGUGAAACAAACAAAAAGUGAUCCAGAGGUAGCAAAGAAGCGACAAGAGUUGAACAAACGAAUUGCAGAAACUAAGAAAAAGUUAGAAAGUGUGGGUCAUUCUAGUCCGCUAAGAUACAGCCAAUCGAUACACAAUUUGAGCAACAUCGCAGUGAAAGACAAAAGGGCAGAUAGACAAGUAGCCGAUUUAGACUGUGCUAACCUACCGACUAACAGCACUGCAGACGCCUGCAACGUGUGCACCGCUGGCGUUUUACCGCCCCCAAGCAAUUUCCAGGAAAAAUCUGGCGUUUUACCCACAAGUAAAAGUGUCCCUCUUGAUCUGCAGUUGUGCAGUUGCUACAUGCGUGAUUUCGAACAGAAUUCAAUCAACCUCAGCCAGAUGCUGGGUUUGAGUUAUGAAGUCGAUACGCGUCAGCUUCGACCGUCCAAAAACGAAUCCGAGUGUAAAAACGUGUCGAAAUUCAGUCAAGUGUUUAAUUUAUCAUCACUGACUUCGGGAAAGUUGAACCAAGAGAGUAAACAGUUCCGGGACAGUUUAGAGCAAGCAACCAGGAGUCCGGAGAGAAGUUUAAACGAAUUUAUCAGACCCAGAAAAUUAAAGCUGGAUAAGACUUUGAGCAAAUUUAAAAUGCACAAAAGUUUACCGGUUAGUCCGGUGAGCGAGGAAAGACAAUUCGCCGACUUUGUGGAAAUGAAGAAAAGCGAAGAGCUGCCACAGCGACAGAGUUUCAGUUAUUUCCUAGAUUUUGAGUCUAAAUCGACGGAUGAAGGCUUUAAGCAAAUUUGUAGCGAUAUCGAAAAGUUUAGUCAAGACUUUAGCAAAAAAUAUGAUCAGAUAGAGAAAAGUUUCACUGAUCAGAAUAUCGAUAAAACUGCUGAGCCAGCUAUUACGCAUGAUAAAGGAGAAGACGAAGAUGAUUCGAAUUUCAGUUCUGAUUCUUUGGAAGAUUAUAGCUUUUUUUCGUAUGGAGCAAAGAAAAGUAGAAAGACAGUACCACCUAGAAGAUGUGUGUCGAAUAAUGAAAUUUACAAGUAUCAAGAAGAAUAUAUAGAGGAUAUUCCAAAAAGCGAAUCGUUCUAUUUGAAUCAACAUUACUCCAUGCAAGGCAGCCAAGAAAGUAUUCUGUCUGAUGAAAACAAUUUGGAUUAUAAUGAUUUUUAUUCAGGUCAUACAAAGAGUUGUUGCAAUAGUUUAGAAAGUGUGCUUUCAAAUGAGAGCGAUUGUAAAAGUGCUCCUCUUGAAAUAUUAUUUGGGGACAAACGAAAACAACCUAGUGCCGAGGCGAGCCUGAAUAUGCCUCAUUCACAAAGCCUUCCCAAAAACAUAUCCUCGCAAAUUGAUUGUGAACUAUCAUCAAGUCUCCCCAAGAAUUUCGUCGAUCACUCAUACAUCUCUAGCGGUAUCUGCGAUGAUAAGAAAGUGUGUAAUAAUGAUAAGUUAAAGUUUCCACCCAACCAAAAUGCUAUCAGCAAGCCUGAUCGCGCAAGAAGUAAUAUGAAAACGUGUCAGACUCAAACUGACUUUGAGACCCCACAAGAAAUUGUGGCAAAGAAAGGCAGAGGAUCUGAGGACUUUCAGAAAAAGCUUUUGAAGUUCGAAAGCACCAUUGCCCAGGGCUCGGGAAAGAAACCUGUCGCAUUUUUUGUCGAAACAAGCACAACGAAAUUCAGAACGACUGCAAAACAAAGCAAAGAAAAUGUCCCGGUUAAGCAAGCUAAAGCACAGAAGGUGAAAGCGGAUAAUACCGAAAUGUUUAUACCGAGUUUGGCUCAGAAAAAUAGACAAUAUAAAAGUCGGUUUUGUAAUGUGCUCAACAACAAGCCUGACCAGAACCUUGAAAUAUUCGAAGAAAGAGCUCACGGCAAUAAAAAUAAUGGAAAUAGCUUCACCUUGUCUACGAUAAAUUUUGAGAAAAAUACGAAUAGAAAUAACAUACAGGAGACCUCAAGUUUAGAUAGACAUCUAUUUGCCAAGGGACUAUUAAAUAAUAGUGAAAAAAUUACUCACAAACCGCCCAAAGCUGUUAGGCGCCACAGCUCAAAAAUGAGGAAAAAAACGACGUAUGAAUAUAUUCGAAAAGAAGACUUUUACAAGAAAAGUAGUAACGGUGAGACGCCGGACGCUCAAGAUAAUGGGAAUAUUUUAAACAAUCGCAAGCGUGAAUUUCAAGAACUGGUAUUUGCUGGGGAGAAUACUUUAGAAUUGCGUUUUAAGGAAAAAAACGUGGACAUGGAAGUUGAAGCUGGAUCUACUUUUUCCAAAAGUAAUGUGAGGCUAGUAACAGGGGGAGAUAGCGCUUGUAGUGGAUACUUGCAAAAUUCCGACCGUCAAAAUAUCAUUUUAAGUGAGCUUUAUGACAGCUUAGAUAAAAAAUCACCUCCGUCCAAGAUGGAUUUAGAUUCCUUGGACGUAAAUUUAAACAAUGAAGGGCAUUAUUCCUCCGAUGCCGAGCUUAAUAGGAAUGUGUUUGAUAGUUUGGAAGUAAACGUGUGGAAUAAAGGCGCUUGCUUGAAUAAAAACACUGCCUUGCAAGUGGAAAAUGUGUUAAAGAAGCAAAUGCAUUGCCAAGCGGAAACUGAUGAGCAAUUGGAAAAACAAGGGUCUAAAAUAUCUCCGCAAGACAAAAUAGCUACAGCUCUUCAAAACAUAAAAAUCCUUAAUGGGAUACUGCGAAAAAUCCAUAAAAUUAACACCUUAGUCGACAUAUACAAGAAAAACGUUUCGAGAAGUAAGGUGAAAGCCCUAUCUUCAAUGUUUGAAAGCCUUACUACGUCUCAAAGCUACUAUAACGAUUUGACAAAGCUACAAGCUACUCACAUAAAAUACCGAAGAAGAAAUUUGAGCUUACCAAGUUUCGUGGAGAGAAGACUGAACUUUGACCGUAAUAAUGACAAUGUAAAUUCGAAAAUGAAUCAGAAUGAUCAAAGGGACGACAGGAAUAAAAGUGAAGGUAAGAAACCCUCACCGCCAGCCCGGAUAACACCUCGCUAUGUCAAGAACAAUUCCAUGAUGCGCAGUAAGUCCAGCGUGGUCCUUAAUCAGCAUUCAGACUCUGAAAAUGAUUCGCAUGAGAAGAAAAUGUCUCGACUAAUGAGACCAACAAUUAGCUCGCAUAACAAAGUUAUUCAGAAACCCUUGCAAAUCAGGAAUAAACAAUCGUAUUCAACAAGUAAUCUUAGUCAAGUUGGGAUAGACAACGUAUCGACUUCAGACGACGAGGAGGCUCCAAAGAAACCACAAGUACCGCCAAGAAUGAGCAGACAACAGAACUUUGAAAAUAGUCAUGGAUAUAUGAACAAUAAGGAUCCGAAAAGGGCUUCACGACAUUCGAUGCACUUUGACGCCAGUACAGCGAACGACGAGCUCGAUUUGUGCAGCGAAAAUGUCGAUCUUUCAUCCAUCGAGUUUUCGAAUCGACUUUCUGAAGAGGUCAGCCGAAAGUUGGUAACGACAAUCGACAACGUUGUGAAGAUCUACCAGAGGUUCAAAGAAAACGAAGAUGCUGGAGAAUCGCAACCUGAAGCUAUGGAUCGUAUCAAAAUGUCUGUGAUUAAAAGUCAUAAGAUUGUCCACGAUUGUAUUUUCAAUGAAUUCAAGCAGAAUAAUGGUAAUAUUGAUGUGAAUCAAACCGAUACCAUUAAGAAAUGGAAUGAUUUAGUGUCAAAAGGUGCCAGCGGAUCGAAAUCGGUCAUAGAUCUGAUGCAGCAGUACUCCGACAUAUUGCUGGACAUGAUGCAACAAAAAAUUCACUCGGCGAACAUUUGAUACCCUUUGACGGGGAUAUUUUUUGAACUGAUCUUGUAAGUCUAGAGUAUCAUGUAAUAAUUGACGAGACCAGUUCAAAAGUCCGCACUUUAAUGAGUAAACACUAAGUCAUAAAAGUUCUGUAUUUUCACAAUUACAGUAGAUAGAGUUUCGGAUUUCAAAGAAUAGUAUUAUUGGCUGCCGGCAUGUCAAUAACACUUGCUACUACUAAAUGACUGGCUAUAUGUUAGAUAAUUUGAAUGAAAUUCUGUUGCCGAAAGAGAUGCAAUUUUCCCAGAUAAUUAUCUUCCUAAUCGGAAAUUUGUAAAAUCGCUUCAUAAUUUUCAGUUUUAUAUAUGGUUUGGAAAGUGGCCACUACGUCCUACAUCACUAACUCAAUUUCACUUAAUUUUCAUUAAAAUGAAGGUCGAUAAUUUAAGCCAAACUUUUGUAACCUCAUUUUAAACCAUUUUAAUUGUAUUAUUAUAGUAGUAAGUCUAAUUUGCAAAUCUUUUUUAUUAAAUUAAAAUUUGUAUUUGUAUUGUACAGAUUUUUUAAUUUGCGCCCUGCAAUGCUUUAACACUGAUAGGUAUUUUUUAAGUGUUUAAGAGUAUGUCAAUUUUAUGAUAACAUUUAUAGGAAAUUAAGCAUAUUUGUUGUUCGAGGUUUCAAAGCUUCAGCUAGCGAAUUCUUUAAAUUUCGACUUUCUAGUCCCAAAAUGAGCCCCAAAUACGCUAUCCUGUUUCAAGUAGAAUGUUGGUUUUUAGAGCUCACUAGCUUUUGCUACUGGCCUCAAAUAUAUCCGUAACCUUCCAGACUGUAUUAAUGUAAUUUCGUAAACCGUAGUUUCAAUAAUAAAUUGCAAUAUUAAUUAAA